AUGAUGGUACGACGAGUGUUUUACUUUCUUGUUUUUCUUCUGAACAUUAUCUGUUUGCGUGGGGCGACUGGUGUUCCUGGUAUAUCUCCCCCAGCACCAGCAGUAGAAGCUGAAGCACUCUCACCCCCUCAAGCUGAUGAUUCUCUUGAUCAACGCCUUACUACGGGUCUAUCUACGAAACAGGACGAUUCCCCUGAAGGUACCAAGCAAUGUCCAAAUAAAGAGAAGGAUUGUGAAAGUAGUGAGAAACUCGCUAAUGAAAACACAUUGCAGGAACAAAAGCCAUUAUUAUCAGGUUUGCCUCCGCAAGAAAAAGGCCAUGGUGACACUGGUGAUGUGUUGAGGGAAGAUGAGGGUGGUUCAAGAACACAUAGGGAGCAACAAGUUCAGAGUUUAGAAUCAGGUAAGAUUCUUGAAAAUAGUAAUCCU